AGCUAACCCAUAUAAGUCGUCCGCGGGGCGUUCGGCUGCGCUUGGGUCGCCUUGCUGGUGUCCGCGGAGGGUGGUUUCAGUUCGUUGAGACCGCGCGUCUGGAACGAUGGCGGAGGGGGAUAACCGCAGCAGCAACCUGCUGGCUGUGGAGACUGCAAGUCUGGAGGAGCAGCUGCAAGGUUGGGGAGAGGUGAUGCUGAUGGCUGACAAAGUCCUUCGAUGGGAAAAAGCCUGGUUUCCACCUGCCAUCAUGGGUGUGGUUUCCCUGCUGUUCCUGAUUAUCUAUUAUCUCGAUCCAUCUGUGCUGUCCGGUGUUUCCUGUUUUGUUAUGUUUCUGUGCCUGGCUGACUACCUUGUUCCCAUUCUAGCACCAAGGAUUUUUGGCUCUAAUAAAUGGACCACUGAACAACAGCAACGAUUUCAUGAAAUAUGCAGUAAUCUAGUAAAAACUCGACGCAGAGCUGUGGGCUGGUGGAAACGCCUCUUUUCGCUAAAGGAAGAAAAGCCUAAAAUGUACUUCGUGACCAUGAUCAUUUCUCUUGCUGCGAUUGCUUGGGUGGGACAGCAAGUCCACAACCUGCUCCUUACCUACCUGAUUGUGACUUUUGUGCUGUUGCUUCCUGGACUAAACCAACACGGAAUCAUUUUGAAGUACAUUGGAAUGGCGAAAAGAGAGAUAAACAAGCUUCUCAAGCAAAAAGAAAAGAAAAAUGAAUGAAGCGGCUGCAGGGGAGUAUGCCCUGCCCCUGGGAACAGUUGUGCAGUGCUGUCUGGAUACUGAAAUGUUAACAGUGGCUUUUUGUUUUUCUCUCUGCCCUUGUUAAUAGAUAGGCACACAGGCCAGCUUUGUGCUCUGUCUAGUGCCAGGUGUAGCUGGGUGCAUUUCCAUCAGUAUAAAUUGUUUUGUUGAAUUCUUGUUUUUGACUUCAUUUAAAAUACUAAAGUGGUGAACUUUACUGUUUUGUACAGUGAACUGUGACUGGAUAAUUGUUGAUGUUUGCUUUAGCUAUAUUCAAGGUAGUGGUCUGUGGCUACAGGAAGCUGGUUCUACUGUCUGCUUCCACAGUCUGCUUAAAUUGUUUGUCUUUGUGAGUACAGAGAUCAGGUUUACCACUUUUGACCAAGAGACCACUUAAGAUUCAUUCCCGAUGUUCCACUGUGGGAGAAUGCCCGUGGAACAGGAUAAAGUUAAUUCCACUUGUAUAAAAUGUAGCAGUUUUAGAAAGCAUUGCCCUUUUGUUCACAUGAGGAAUCUGACAGGCUUAGGCUCAAUUCUCAUUCCCUUUGCACUGCUUCAAGUUAGUCCUUAACAGCUUUUGAACAACAAGCUUCCAGAAGGUUGUAUUUGGUAAUUUUAGCACUGUCUUUGUUUCAGAUUUUCAGCUGACUUAAAAUGUUUGUGACUUUACUCCAAGGCCAGCCAGCGACAGAAGUCUCCUUUGUUCACUCAGUAGAAAACCAGAGCAUCUAUUAAUUUUUAAGACCAGAAACAAAGGCCUUUAAAAAUAAGCCUCUCUCUGUGUAUCAUAGUACUGGCUGUAUUUCAGUCACUCUAGGUUUGUACUUGAGACAGCGUACACACUGGUGUUUGACAAUUCCCAGAAAGAUGCAGGGCUGCAGCUGGGAACUGCUGAUGCUGACUCUUUGGUCUGUGUAGCUUUUGCAACUCCUUAAUGUGGCCUCUUCUUAGGUAUACUUUUAGCGCAGUUGAAAUCUGCAGGACUGAACCUCUGAGGGCCAAAACAGGACACAUGUGGGAACAACUCCUUCACCUCUGAACUAGCUGUAACAUAGUUUGUGGAUCCAUUGCACUGAUGCUGUGAAGCCUGAACCUUGUGUAUCUGCCUCUGCUCUCUCACCUCUCUAGCACUGUAAACAGUGGCACCAGUUGUGGCAUGUGUGUGUUUGUUUUUUUAAUGUUUCAUGACAUCGACCUUAAUUUUACAUGUUUUCUUGUAAAUAAGCCUGCCUUCCUACCUGGAGUUCUCUCUGUGUAUGUGAAUAGAACAUGUUCUACCAAUUAACUACUUCAGCAGUUUUAAUCAUUUCUUCUAUUUUGUUUUGUGCAAAAGGGGGAAAAAAUUAAAGAAGUUGGUAUCUCUUUGUCUCA